UCGGUCAACCGAUUGAUGUGGAGCAGAAUGACAACCCGUCGGAGCAGGAGGUGGAUGCUUACCAGCAGUCGUAUCUCAACGAACUACAGUCUCUGUACGACAAUUACAAGGAUAAAUACGCUAAAAACCGCAAGCAAGAGAUGAAGUUCGUGGACUAG